AUGAAGGAAUGUGGGAGCAAUAUUGACAUGGGUUGCAUCAGGUGGUCCGAGCAACUCCCAGAAGAGAUCAUGCAUUUGUUUCUGGAACGACUAUGCAUAUCAGACUAUCUUCAUUGUCGUCAAGUUUGCCGUUCAUGGCGAAACGCUGUAAGAAGAGCAAUUGCAAGCAAAUGUUGUCGUCCUGCUACUGAGCUGCCAUGGCUUGUGCCUGAUGACAUAUACGCUUUCAAUCUAAGUGACAAGAAGAUUGUCAAAGGAAAACCAAAAUCACUUCUGUAUCAGAUGAAGAUAUCGCAGCGUUGUGUUGGGUCAAUUGAGGGGUGGUUGAUCGUGGUUAAGAAGGUAUAUGGCGAACAUAACAAUAUAAGCUUCUUGAAUCCAGUAUCAAGAGCCCGAGUGAUGCUACCACCAACAAGCAGAUGGCUUACUGAUUUUUCCUAUAGGAAAGUAGUAGCCUCUACAGUACCAACGAGCUCGCAGUGUAUUGUGGCUUGCAUUUCUUGUGAGGAAAAGUUGGCUUUUUGUAGACCAUCUGAUAAAUCCUGGACGAAAAUUGAUUCGUGGACUAGUUUUUCAGAUCUAGAGAUAGUUGAAAGGAAGUUAUAUGCUAUAACAAAUAACAAGUUGAUGAUGAUGUUUGACAUAAUAAUCGAAGAUGCGGAUGCCAGCGGCAAUGGCAGCAGUGGUCUUCGUUAUAGGGCAGAAAGGCAAGUCUCGCUUUAUCCCAAGCCAUGUUGUAUAACGGUCAGUGAAAUUAUGUUGAGAGUCGAGUGCUACUUAGUAAAAGAUUCUACAUCAAAGGAGUUGUUCAUAAUUGUUGUUAAAUGUAGUUCUGCUAGCAAUUGCUCCAACUUUGAAAGAUCGGAAACUAUACAACGAGUUCAAAUGUUCAAGGUGGAGUUGGUUAAUAAUGGUGUUCGAUGGGAAGAGGUUGUCGAUCUUAGUGCUCGGAUACUGUUCCUAAGCAAAACAAGGAAUGCGUUCAUAUACAAUGUCGACAGCAGCAGUGAUAUCACAGCACUUCAAAGAAACUGCAUUUGUAUUGCUCACGAUGAUCGUUUAUGCUCAAACUUGGAGGUGCUUUCCUUGACAGACAAGAGUAUCAAACCUUAUGAUACUUCCCCCCUAAAGGCUUAUAUAUCCGGGUCAUUUUGGUUCACACCAAAUCCUUGGUAG